AACUUAUCAAAACAAAAUUGACAUCUAAAAGCUUCCAUUUUUAAAAUUGCAAACUUGUUUCCCUCUUCUUCUCUGAUUAUUUGCCUUGCGCAAUUUUAACAACAUCAAAUUUCCAUUCUUGAUGUUUUGUUCAAAUGGCAAUCGAAUUUUGCAGUGUAUCAGUAAUUAAUACUACCUUUUUCUUACUCAAUAUUUUUUAUUCUUUUUCCAAGUAAGGAAAUUUUUUUCAUCUUCAUGAUUUCGGUAGAUUCGUUCAAUUCGCGGUUGUAAACUUCCAUUCUCACAAUCAACAGAUUUAUCCUUAUAUAUCGUGGCUGGAAACAAUAAUUUAUUGCUUUUUCUUCACUCAAAAGCAAUUGACGGGAACAAGUUUUCCCUUCAUGACAAAAGCCAACUCUAUAUAAAGAGUAAGCAAGAAUAGCAGAAAGUAUUCUUGCUUAUCACUUGCUCGACGAAUUGCUUCAGAGAAUUUCUCAUUAUCUUUAAUCUUGCUUUCUUCGAAUUCUUUAAUUGAUUGAAUUUGAGUUCCCUUUGGAACACAUUGAUUAGUGUGUGAUCUUUCACACGAACUAAAGCCAAAUAUUCUCUAUUGAUAAGUAUGGACGAUAAUCGUGAUGAUGAACUGGACAAGACUGUUUCUACCGCUGCGUUGUUAGCUUUGGCGUUCAUUGGGUUAUUUCUGAUGUUCAAGAUUGUUGUUACCGGCCUUUUGGUGAUGGUUGUGUUCUUGGCGUCAUUGAUUUGCCACAUUUUUUGGUUUGUCUCUUUCCACUGCAUAUUAAUACUCCAAGAGCGUCGCUGGCGGCAUAUAGUUAAAAGAUUUACGUUGUGGAAGAUAGUUAGUCUUGCGCUCAACACGUCAGCCACCAUCGCCAGCGUCGUUGCUGCUUUUCAUGGGUGGCGCUUCCGUCCCGACUGGGCUGCGCUCUUUUACGUAUUCUACGCCCUACUCAUAAUAUUGCUCGUUGUCGGCAAGUUUUGUGCCGAUGCUGUGCCGCCGCCGUCCAACACUAUCGCUUGUUGUAAGCAAGUUUUGUGCCGAUGCCACCCCGCCACCGUAGUUUUUAUUUUUUUUAAACUUCAGAGCAAGCGGCCUCUCUGAACUGUAUAGGUUUUGACUAUGUUUAUUUUUAAUUCAAACCUUUUCAAUUCCAA